GAGCUAAAGAGCACUUCAAUACCAUCUGCAUACUCUCAAUUCAUUUGAGUCAACUUCAGCCUAAAUCCAAACUGCGAAUGUUGCGAUGAGCUUCAUUUAAGCACGACUUAAAAGUAGAGCUUUUACCACUGUGACCAACAGACCAACAGAUCAACAGACUAACAACAACACAAUUCUUUCACUACACUCCAAUUCAACUCCACUUCGUUGCCGUUCAUUGCUAUUGUAGAUCAGAGUCGUGCAGUUGGUUGAGUUGGCGCGGUUGAAUUCGUUUCGCAGCUUUGUUACAACGGCAGUCAAUUGUUGGCGAUCACCGAGGACAGAAGUUGUUGGGAACGCGUCGGGAAUACGAAACGAAUCAUAAACAAAUAUGUAGAAGUGUUGUGGAGAGCGAUGUGUUAAAAAUAGUAAACGAUAAAGUGAACGUUGUGUUUGAAUUUAUGUUACGAAAAUUGUUGUGCGUCGAAAGAUUGCGGCAAAAAAGGAUGAAAAUGAAUACACACCCACACGCGUGACUAUGCGAACAAAACAUAAUAAGUGAAGUGGAUUUGAAAGUGAUGAAAUUAAUACUGAAAUGAACGGUAGUUGAAGGAUUUUUAUACACAAAAUAAACCUGAGAAGUGUGUGAGAAAAGAAUCAAUGCCUUAAAAUAGUGAAAGAAUUGCGUUAGAAGUGGUUUUGGAUAAGAAAAGUAUACCGUUUUGUAAUAAUUAUUGUUUUGAAGAGUCGAAUUCGAAUAAAAUAAAAUAUAAACUGGCAACAAAAUCUUUUAAAAGCGAUUUAAUGUAAAUCUGGAUAUUUAGAAAAACUCAAACUAAUACUAAAUAAAAAAAAACGAAUUUAAAAAUAAAUUUUUAUCAAAAUAAAUUUUUAAAUUAUUUUUAAUAAUUUCUAAACUUCCACGAAUAAGAUAUAUUUGAGGUUAUAAUAUUAAAAUGAAAAAAAUACUUCUAUAUUUUUUUAAGUAAAAAUACUUAUUGAAGUAAAAAUAAAAUUGAAGAAUUAUGUAACAUUAUGAAAAACAAUUUGGAAAAAAAUCAAUGAAAGUCAAGAAUAUUAAAUAUAUAAAAUUGUAACAAUAAAAAUCCAAAUACUCCGUGAUUAUUUAACAUAAAAAGUGAAAAAAGACUUGAAAAAUAUAAAUAAUUUAUUUGAAUAAAAAAAUUAACAAUAUUCGACACAAACAAUAUUCGAAUAUAAAAAUACUAAAAAGAAACUAAAUAAGGAAGAAACUGUUUUGAAACGGCAAAGAAACUAAUGUUACUAAACAAUUAUAAACAAAUAAAAUAAUAAAAAUAUUCGUUAUAAAACUCUGAAAACAAAAGUAAUUGAAUAGUGAAAAAACUAACGUAUUUGUUUAAAAUACGCUAUUAUUUUUGGAGCAGCAGAUUUAUAAACCCCAUAAGAUUUAUUAAUAAGCUGAGUUUAGUUAAAAGUAAAGUUAAAGCUUAAAGUCUUAAGAACAAGGUUAACGAAUAAUUAGAAAGGAACAAUUUUUGGAUAACGCAAUCUCAGCAAUUUAAGACUAAUAAAUCAUUAGUUUCGUGGAUUUCAGACAAAAAGUAUCCGCCUUUGCGACGGCAACAUACACGCCCCGCGGAACUAUAAAGAUCUAAACACCAUAGAAAUUCAAAGCUGCACAAUGACGACAAAACCAGCAACAGUAACGCUGGGCAUUAGUGGCCGUCUGGGUGGUAAAACCAAUACUAACAGCAACCAUAACAACACUGCCUCAUUUACCGCACGCCCCGCACACAUCACACAAGCAUCGCCCACAGUGGCGAAACGUGGACACAUCCGGUCCGCAUCGCUGGAGAACGGUCACUCCUUCACAGCCAAGAACACACUCGGUUUGCCUGUGGCAACAGCACGUGAACAGCAGCAACAACAGCCACAGCAGCAGCCAACAAUAAUGAGUCAUACCGGCACGCUGAAGUCGCGCAAUGAGCAAAAACGCAUGCGCGGACAGAAAUUCGGCAGUCACAGCAGUUUGGAUCAGGAUGCGUUGCCCAGUGCAGGGCGAACCAAAUUUCAGAAUAUACGCCAAAUAUUUGAAAUAACCAAAAAGCGAACUUUCGGCGGCAGCAGCGGCGUAAGUGGUGGCGGAACUGCAACAACCGAAGAGGCAGAUAAAAUGUCUGCCAGCAGCAGCAGUGUCAGCAACAGUCAAACGCAGCCCAGCGAUCUUGAUAAUCAACGUUUGAACACACAACCGCCUGCUGCAGCAGCAACAACAACAGCACACGGCGCCACCCCCGGCGCCGCACCUGCACUAAUGUCGACCUCCAUGCCGAGCCUACAGCUGCGCCAACACACCCAGGCAUCUUAUCAGCAACAUCAGCAAUUGGUGCGUAAGCCCACACCAACGCUGACGCUGAUGGGCGCCAACGGAAGCGGAAAUCGCAGCAGUUACUCGGAAAUGAGCGAUCGGCUGAGUAUAGCGGAGAGUGUUGGCGGCGGCAGCGGCAGCUGUAUGUCUGGCAAUUUCAAUAAUAUGGCUGGCAAUGCGCUAGAUGCUAAACAGAAAUUGCGCUUGCAACAACAAUUACAACAGCAGCAACAGCUGGUGCAACAACAACAGCAGCAGCUACAGCAACAGCACCUGCAGGCGCAGCGGCAACACUCACAGCCGGCAAUGGGUCAGUUGGCGCACCUACAUCAACAUCAACAACAACAGCAACAAAUGCAGCAGCAACUGCAAAAGCAACAGCAUCCACAGCAACAACAACUGCAACAGCAACAACAACUGCAACUGCAACAGCAACAACGCAGUUCCGGCGGCAUAUCACACUUGCAACACCUUUCAACAGCAACAGCAGGCCAAAUGGCAAUAACAACAACAACAACAAUGAAUGGCAGUAUCAGCGCAGGAGAAACCAGUGAACAGUCAAAAACAUCAGCAGCGCUUGUAACAACAACAGCUACACCGGCCGCAACAGCAGUAGCAGCAACAACAAUGGCAACACCAGCGAUGUCUGUGAUGACGUCGUAUGAGAAUCUUUUGCGUCCCAUCGCCUUCAAGCCAAUCCCCUUCGAGCCGGACUACAGCUUACAGCACGGUCGUUAUGUUGCCGGCGAUGCGACUGCAGCAACGACCGCAGCGGCGACGACUAAUGUGGCGACAGCAGUUGUGGGCGAUCGUUAUGGCUCUACGCCAUCACUGACAGCGACUCAGGGUUCGAGCAAUAUGCGUUUUGGCAGCACGUCUGAUUUGCGGCAUGGCGGCACCGGCGGUGGCAGUGGUGUUGGUGUUGCUAGUGGCAUUAAUGGAGUCGGUGCUGGCGGUGGUGUGCUCGGAGGCAUGGCCGUUGGCGCUUAUUCAAGCAAUAAUUAUUGCAACAGUCUUAUGGCGCGACGUCGUGGUUCCAGAUCGUUAAAAAUCAACGAUAGCAUGGAAUCGAUUCGGCAUACACCGGAUUCGGAUGCGAAUAGUCAAAGUAGCACAAUCAAAUCGACUGGCAGCAGCGCACACAACAACAACAACAACGCCAACAACAAUCACAGCAAUGGUCUGCAGCAAAGCGCUAUGCUCGGCGGCACAAACAACUUCGGUUUCAUUGGCGUGGGCAGCACAGCCGGCAGUGGCAACUCGAGUGGCAGCAAUAGUUGUGGUGGCAGCGCCGGCAAUGGCAGUGGCAAGUAUCUGCUGAGCGAACAGUGCGAUAUGACGCCUUCACCGUCCGACUCGGGUAUAUCAGAUUUGGAAGCGGCGCUUAAGGAUCGUGAUUCGGAGCUCUCCUAUUUACGUCAAACAAUGGAGCACAAUGAGAAAGUAAUAUUCCGAAUACAAAAGGACAAAGAGAACUUUUGGGAGCAGGAGACAAAGCGUCUGAAGACAUUCUAUGAGGCUCAGCAGCGUGAAUAUUUAUUGAAAAUGAAGAAAAUGGAGCAAAUGCUGGCCAUGCAACAGUUCCAAUUCAAACAGCACAAGCUGCGGCAUACGGAACAAUCGAAUAAGCUGCGCGAGCAGGUGGCUGAUUUAAAGAAUGAAAAUGAAAUACUGAGGAGUAACAAUGGCAGCUUGAAGAAUUCCGAGCGUAAUCUCAAAGACAGCGUCGCUUAUAUUGAAGAGCAAUUGCGUGAAUCGGAGAACACAAUCGCCGGCAUAAAAGCGCAGUUAGAAGAGAGCGAAUGGAAAGUUUGCGAGCGCAAUGGUGAACUGGCGCUGCUCAAAUCGCAGCUCAAGGAAGCGAAUGUGGAAAUCACACUGAAGGAACACGCCAUUGUGCAUCUGCGACACGAGAACACCAACGCCGAAACGCAGAUCUACGAAAGUCUGCAGGAGAAUCAGAAAAUGACGAAGCAGCAGCAACAAGUCGAGCAACAGCAGGCACGCACCGACAAACAAGCCGAAAGCGAACUGAAGCAGCUCAACAAAAUCAUCAUACUCAAGGAUCAGGUGAUACUCGCGCUCACCAAUGAAUUGGCCAAGCUGCGCAAAGAGCUCUCCGAUCUGGCGAUCUUUCAAGAGUACGGCGAGGAGCCCUCCGGACGCUUCAUACGCCUGAAACAACAAUUGGACAAUCUAACGGACAUUUGCAAUCGUACGCGUCGGCAAGCGCAUAAACCGGAAAUCACGGCGGUCAACAGCGCCAAGGAGAAGGUCAUCGACGACACCAACCUAGAGUUGAUAAUGAACUGUCUGAAGAUUGCGCCGCCACUCGAUGACAACGACGCAAGCGAAAACGAACGCGAACGUGCGCAGAGCAAGCAACGCGCCGAGAAGCGUUUGGCCAAAAUGUCCGCUGACAUACAGAACUUCGUCUACGGUGCACAAAAUCUGCCUGAUAUUGCGAUGAAUCAUCAACAACAUAAACCGCUAAAAUACACACAUUCCAAUUCAAAUAAGCUGGAGGAGUCAACGUUGGACACGCUAAUCGAAGAGUCGGCGAGCUAUGCCGAAGAGAUCGCCAAGUUGCGCAAACAGCUGGACGAUGUGCGCGUCAAUUUCGAGCUGGAGAAGCACCAAUGGUGUGAGGAGCGCGAGAAGGUGCUGAACUACCAAAAACAAUUGCAAGCGCACUACAUCAAUAUGUAUCAGAAAUUGCGCAGCUUGGAGGGUUCAAAUGAGGUUUAGCCACAUAGCGUCGGCUUUAGCUUUUAGAGACACACAUUCAGCUAAUUUGCUUAUUUAUAUUAUAUAUGUAGUAGAAGCGUAGAUAAUUUGUUAAUUUCUCAAAGUCUAUGAAUAUAUAGUUUAAUUAUUAUAUUGUUAUUGUAAUUUUAAAAGUGUCAACUAAUAUUUCACACAUGUAUAUGAACAUAUUUAAUGAAAAAUAUUUAUUGAAAAUGUUAUUUGCACCUAAAGAAAAAUAACACAAAUGCGAGCUAUACUAUUGUAUAAUUUAUAACAGUACUCCACAUAUGUGCAUACAUUUUAAGAGCACACAUAUCAAAUAAACGCUAAUUUUCAUAAAACA